AUGGAGUCUCUUGAAGAGCUGCAUCACUGGGUUGCUGAAGAAGCUGAGUACCAGGUACAAGCAUCAGAAAUUAAGCAUGGUUUGUCCAGUGUUGGAAAUACACAAGCUAAACCAAGUCUCAUUUCGGGAUCACAGAGGAGAAAUGUGAUCGUCCCUGUAAAGUAUGCAAGCAAAACACCCAAUUUGGAGAUGUGAUGUGUUCAAAGGAAUGGAACAUAGAAAGAAUUGGGAGAUGGCAAAGAAACUUGGACUGUGUUACCAUUGCUUGGGGAAUGGGCACCUUGGUGACUCAUGUACUUGGAGCAGAGAGUAUGGAAUUGACAGAUGCAAAGACAAACACCACUGGUUACUUCACGAGGAGAAAAUAGCUCAAGGGUCCAUGGAGGGGAAGGCUGACACACCCCUGACAGAGGAAAAUAAGUCCAGUACGUAUGAAACAGAGCAAGAACAUGCACAGAGGAGCAUUGCCUUGCGUACUGUUCCAGGCAUUCAGAAACAUGGGGAGAGACAUUUAAGUUAA